AUGAGGUAUCAAAAUUGGGACGUGCUGCUGUUCCCCGGCGAUUCUAGGGUUCCAAUCCAAGAGUUCGACACGAAAUACUACGUCCUGGACCAGGGUGUGCGUGUCUUCUCGCCACAGCAUACGCGAGGCACAGAUCAAAAUACUUUCGACUCAGUGACGCUCGUUCCUAUCCUUACCUCCUUCGUGGCAAGUCUUGAACCGGGUCACCCUUUUCGUGUUUCCAUUCAUAGCUGGCAAAGACCAACACCUUCCAACUUCCUACUGAGCUACAAAACAGCCGAUGAAGCAAUUUGGUUCGAGGCUCGAGUCUAUAUUGACGGAGUCCUGAUGGCGCACCGCGCAUUUGAUGAAGGGGUGUGGCCGGAAGUUAUUGAUCGUGGCGACCAACGUCUUCGAUUUCCAUCCUUUCACCAAGACAUUCUUCAACAACCACAUUGGGAGCCAGGCGAGCCUGUUGGCCGAAUCAAGAUUGUCAUCUCGGAAGGUGUUCUUCGAGUGCCCAACCCUCUAGUUGCUUCCGACGCCAUGUUCGACCGACGGCGAGAUGUUGUUAUCUUCUCGUUCCAGCAUGCGCCGCAGAACAUACUUGAAUACUCGGGUAUCGCCUGGCCCAAUAUGAGGGUCUUUGGGAAGAUACCCGAGCGACGAAUUCGGCCAGGCCAGAUUGGACCUCGUCUACCAUUUGUAUCAGGUCACGAAGCUCAUUCAAUUCGAGGUGCCAAGCCACCGUUGAAAAGUCUGGAUGGCUUCCACAAAUUGUUGAAUGCUCAGAUUCUCUCGGAUUUGCAGUCUGACCCUGUCAUCAAAGCGCCGACAAUCGAUAUAGCAGGCAAUGAUUCUCCUGAACGGCGUGGCAAUGCAGAAAUUGUAGCCCAGAGUGAAGAUCUUUUCAUCUGCUCACAGCCAAUAUCGACACAACAAUGGCGAUUGCAAUUGAGGUCAGCCAGCCAUGACAUUCCCAUGCCAGACUACAUUUCGAACAAAAUAGACAGCAGUGGAGCGUAUACGGAGAUGAUGUUGGGGACCAGCUUUCCGCCGAGGAGUUUCUUGAAGCACAUGAAUGAAGUGAACCCGCGAGAGAUAAUUCAACCCCCGAGUAACGCGAGACAAGGGUUACUCAAAGUCUUCGGUGCAUCAGAAAACCCAGUCCGAGGCACGCGAGGCCCAGCAAAUUCACCACAGUCACUGUCUGGCGACAGCUUUGUCCCACCGCCCACUGGUAAACCUCCAACCACAGUAAGGGACCACCUCAAACUUGACGAGCCUAUAAAUCGAGACGACCCAGGUGACAAUUCUUGGUCACGGGCCUUGCCAAAGCCUGAAAUUAGCCGUCGAACGUACCCAGAAAGUAGCCUCAGGAGCAUUUCUGGUCAAGGGAAUGGCAGCCAAAAGGGACAUAUCAGUCCUCCUUUGCCUGUGGAGCUCCGGGAGCCCUGGAAGAAGUACCGCAAAUUUAAACCCCUCGACCUGCCCAACCGGCAAUGGCCCUCCAAAACAAAUGACAAACCUCCUAGGUGGCUGGCCACCGAUCUGCGAGAUGGAAAUCAGAGCUUAGUUGAUCCUAUGGAUGGGGAACAAAAACUACGCUUUUUCAAGAUGCUGGUUGAGCUGGGCUACAAAGAAAUCGAGGUCUCGUUUCCUUCUGCAUCCCAAACCGACUACGACUUUACGAGAUAUCUUGUUGAUACACCCGGGGUGGUGCCCGACGACGUCUGGCUGCAAGUGUUGUCCCCGUGCCGUGAAGACUUUAUCCGCCGAACCGUCGAAUCUCUGAGGGGCGCAAAGAAAGCCAUUUUACAUUUAUACCUUGCUACCAGCGAAUGCUUUCGAAGAAUCGUCUUCGGCAUGACCGAGGAAGAGAGUAUUGCCCUGGCUGUCAAAUGUACCAAAUUCGCUCGAUCGAUCACCAAGGACGAUCCAAGCCACGCAGAGACGCAAUGGCUCUACGAGUUUAGUCCCGAAACCUUUUCAGAUACCUCGCCCGAGUUCGCCGUACGAAUAUGUGAGGCUGUCAAAGAAGCCUGGGGACCAACGGAAGAUGCCAAGUUGAUCUUUAAUCUCCCGGCCACGGUGGAGAUGGCCACUCCCAACGUAUUUGCCGACCAAGUCGAGUAUUUCUGCACUCACACGACCGAGCGUGAGAAAUUUUGUGUCUCGGUGCAUCCGCACAACGAUCGAGGUUGUGCGGUGGCCGCAGCAGAACUGGCACAGAUGGCCGGUGCCGACAGAGUGGAGGGAACUCUGUUUGGCAAUGGAGAACGAACUGGAAAUGUCGACCUUGUCACGCUGGCCUUGAACCUGUAUACGCAAGGAGUCUGGCCCAAUGUGGACUUCAGUGAUAUCAACAAAGUCAUCCGGGUCUGCGAAGAGUCGACCAAGAUUCCGGUCAAUGAGCGGUGGCCUUAUGGUGGGCAGUUAGUGGUCUGCGCAUUCAGUGGUUCUCACCAGGAUGCCAUUAAAAAAGGGUUUCAGGCUCGAAAGCAGGAGGGCGCUAAAGCCGAGGAUCCAUGGCAAAUGCCUUACUUGCCACUCGAUCCGCAGGACAUCGGCCGCACAUAUGAGGCCAUCAUCCGCGUUAAUUCACAAUCCGGAAAGGGCGGUGUUGCCUGGGUUAUCCAGCGCAGUCUGGAACUGGACUUACCUCGUGGCCUCCAAAUUGCUUUCAGCAAGAUCGUCCAGAAAGAAGCAGAUGCCAAAGGACGAGAAUUGCUCCCUCGAGAAAUUCAGACCCUAUUCGAAGAGUCAUAUCAUCUCAAGAAGAACCCCCGAUUUACCCUCAUUGACUACAACAUCACGGCUGUCAGAACGACGUCGCCCACUCCAACCACCAAAGCACCGGUCGGUCAACAGUCGCAAACGGUUGUUCCUGUCCAAAACACGUCGACAGCGAAACGGCAAUUUGCCGGAGUGAUCGCUAUUGAUGGCGUUCAGCAUCCCAUUGUGGGUGUGGGGAACGGUGCUCUUUCGUCUUUGGCCAACGCUCUCCAUUCCUUGGGUAUCGACCUUGACGUGGCUGACUAUAAGGAGCACGCCAUUGGUGAAGGUCGGGAUGUCCGAGCGGCGACUUAUAUCGAGUGCACGGCCAGCGGUUCGCACGAGAAGGUGUGGGGUGUUGGUAUCCAUGAGGACGUGGUCCAGGCAUCCUUGAUUGCAUUGUUGAGCGCGGCCAGCUCGUUCUUGACCUCCCGAGUUUCAACUCCGGUGCCGUUCCGUCCUAAGCAUGUCCGAGAAUUUUCUGAAGCGGAAUUGGAGGCGCUUGAGCGUUUGAAUCUGAAUAACUCAGAAAGCCCCAACAGCCCAUUGAAAACAUCGAUGACAACCGAGACGAUCACGACGCCCUCCCAAUUGAACAUGGCAACCACUCCUGGCAGCAUUGCGGCAAAAGUCAUCGACAUUGACUUGUUGGAACAGAACGCGCAGGUUGUUAAUGGACACACGCCGAAAAAGCCAUGA